AUAAUUACUAGGUAGCCCAUCUCACCGAAUGGGAGUUUGAUUGAUUUAAGAAAGGCAAAGCUGGUGAAAAUUAAGUGAAAAAUAUCACCUUUACGGUGCGUGGCCUUGCCUUAACUCCAUCAAUUUGCUUUCCUUUUCAAAUGUGGUUCUAUUUCAGGACAUGAUUUUGUUGCUGUCUGUGCAGAUACUGGUGCUCUUUCUCUAAUGGGGUUGCUUAUAUCUUCUUUGUAACGCUCCCUCCACGCCCAUAAGCAUAACCCCACUUGAGCAAAAGGAAGGUUCCUUAAAGCUGAAGCCUUUUUGAAUCAAAUGGGUCUGAGCAGACCUCACAAGGUUGGCAAUGGAGUCUCCGCCAGAUGGGUCUCUCUCUUUUGCAUUGCCAGCUUCUUCUUGGGUGUUCUUGUUGUCAACAGGUUAUGGGGUGUUCCUGACCCAGAAAAAAUUGACGAGGAGGCUUCAUCACUGGAGAAACGUCAAUUAAGAGCUCUGCAUCUCAAUGUUAAUUGUGAGAAGAAGGAGGCAGCUGACCGGGCGGGAGACAUCCUUUUUCAAGUCUCACAGACACAUGAUGUGAUCAUGGCAUUAGAUAAGACAAUCUCCUCAUUGGAGGUUCAGCUAGCGGCAGCUAGAGCUUCCAAAGCUGACAAGGGUGAAGGAUCUCCAGUGGUUACAAAAACAGGAAGCAAGCCAUUGAAAGAGCGCCAGAAGGUUUUCUUUGUCAUGGGAAUCAUGACUGCCUUCAGCAGUCGAAAACGAAGGGAGUCAAUCAGGGAAACGUGGAUGCCCCAAGGGGACGAGUUAAAGAAGUUAGAGACAGAAAAGGGAAUUAUAAUGCGGUUUGUUAUUGGACACAGUGCAACUCCAGGUGGCGUCUUGGAUCGAGCCAUUGACGCGGAAGAUGAGAAGCAUAAGGAUUUUUUGCGACUGAACCAUAUAGAAGGAUAUCACGAAUUGUCAUCAAAAACCCAAAUCUAUUUUGCGGCAGCUGUCGCUAAGUGGGAUGCUGACUUCUAUAUUAAAGUUGACGACGAUGUGCACAUAAAUCUUGGAAUGGUUGGUUCUACUUUGGCCCGUCAUAGAUCAAAACCUCGUACAUAUAUUGGUUGCAUGAAGUCUGGACCUGUCCUGGCAAAUAAGGGGGUCAAGUACCAUGAACCGGAAUAUUGGAAAUUUGGAGAGGAGGGAAAUAAGUAUUUUCGUCAUGCAACGGGUCAAAUAUACGCAAUUUCCAAAGAUUUGGCAACUUACAUUUCAGUACAUAGGCACAUACUUCACAGAUAUGCAAAUGAAGAUGUCUCUUUGGGUUCUUGGUUUAUUGGUCUUGAUGUUGAGCACAUUGAUGAAAGAAGCCUUUGCUGUGGGACUCCUCCUGAGUGUGAGUGGAAAGCUCAAGCAGGAAACCCUUGUGCUGCAUCAUUUGACUGGAGCUGCAGUGGCAUAUGCAAAUCAGUGGAGAGAAUGGAGGAGGUGCACCAGCGAUGUGGGGAGGGUGAUGAAGCCAUUUGGCACACUAGUUUCUAAAACUUGUCCUCACUUUGAUUGUAAUGUAAAUGUGUAUGCAUUAACAGAAAAUUGGUUAAACACACCAUCUGCCCCAUUUUUGCUAAUUAUUUAUGCCCCGGGACAGUUGGUAUAUCAUUAAUUUAAUCGUUGCACAUAUAAUCUCAAGUCA